UGACAUGUGUGACAAUCUGUUUUGUGGCGUGGGGAAGCCCUGAAGGAUCAGAGUGCCCACCCUCCUCCUGUGGGAACAGACAUCUGCAGUUGAGGAGAGCAUGGAACCCCAUCCCGUUGGCUGCCUCCUGAGAGCAUAGAGAGGAUUUGCAGGGUGGUGACAGUGGCAGGGCCUGGGUACUGGUAUGGACCUGCCGCAUGCCCAGGCUCCAGAUGCUGUUGCUGAGAGGCCAGGAACCUCAUCCCCACCUUCCCAAUUCCUGCUUGCACAUGUCAGAGAGAGCCAGAUGGCAGAGGAGGUCUCACCAGGAGAUGGCCCCUCUUCCCCUGCUGCCAGCACCAACCAGGUGCCCCAGGCUGUGCCUCCACGUGGUUCUGAGUGCCCAAUCUGCCUGGACAUCAUUAAGGACCAAGUCUCUGUGAGCUGGUGCAGACAUACUUUCUGCUUUUCUUGCAUACUACAAUGGUCUUGCAUCAGACCUGUCUGCCCAAAUUGCCAGGAGCCUUUCCAGUACCUCUUCCGCAAGGUGGCAGACAACAAUUACGAGGUGUACUACAUUAGGUUUGACAGGCCUAAUCGAGCACAGAGAGCUCGUCGCGGCUCUGCAGGAAGGAGGCGGAAUCGCUUCACAGGCCGCCAGCAGCGCGGCUCUUCCAGCAGGGAGCGUGGCACUGGCCGUGCCAGGACCCGAGAGAGGGAACGAAGCAGGUCCCCGAGGCGGCACCACAGGAGCCACAGCAGGGGUCAGCACGCCCAGGACUAUGACUCCUCGAGCAGCAGGAGCCAGCAGCAGAGUUGGGCUGAAGACACGUCUACUGACACCUCUAGUGAUGAGGACCACGCUGAAAGGCCUGAACAGGAUGCCCCAGUCCGCUUGAGGAGGAGUGACCGGCAUCAACAGAGACACCAGGUUUCCUCGCGGGAGCCCCAGGCAACAAGGAGCCGAUCCCGGCGGACAUCCCACAGUCCUGAUGGUCACAGGGGCAGGUAGAACACCCUACCAAGAACGGUACUACUGUUUGCCCUGCUAUUAGUGCCAUGAAUUAGAACGCUUCACACCAAAACUUCUACUAGUAAUUUCAAAAAUAAAUUCAAAUCCAACCAAGCUUGGGGCCAAGCAUCCGAAAAUGCACCUGAAAAUCUAAAAAGACCCUUCAAGGCUGCUGAAGGUCAUGCUUUAGUGUUGCUUUUCUCAUCCUGUUCUAUGUUACACUCAUUUAUAAAAGCUUGUACUUAACAUUUUGUAUCGAUGUGCCUUUUCUCCCUAUAUUGCAUUUCCACACUAUGAUAACUGAAGAUGAAAGGAGAAAAAUCCUUUCUGCCCUGGUACCAACAACACAAGUGGGUUAUUAUAUUAGAUAACAUCUUGUCCCUCCACAUCAUCCAUUUUUUCACACUUUACUCCAAAUAUCCCCCAGAAUAACUUCUCAUCUUACCACUCUUCUCACAAGGUGGCAGUGAUAACUGAAGAUGGUUUACAAUCACUCUGCUGAAUCACAGAGACUGCCUAUGAUGCCAAUCCAAAACUAACACUGGUAGCAAGCCUCUGAGAAGCCUAUUUUCUUCUUCUUUCUCCUUACAGACUUUAAAAACAGUCCCCAAAGCCUUUAGAGAGAAAUUUGUUCGCAUGGUAUGCUCUGUAAACAGCCUCACCUUUAAAUGCCCGCAAUGGGAGUACAUGCUUCAGACUCUUCAG